CGGGUGGACCUGCGGUCGCAGCGCAUCAGAAGCCUCAAGGCAGAUACGCUGCACCUGCCGCCUGCUGCUCAGUUUGUGUAUCUGAGGGGCAACAAGCUGACAGCAAUGGACGGCAUCGAGCGUCUCAAGAAGGUCAAGGUGCUAGACGUGAGCUACAACCAGCUGGGAGAGGCUUCCCUGGCGCCACUAGCUGCAUGCGCGUCCCUGCAGCAACUGUUCCUGGCGGGUAACCACAUCUCCUCCCUCGCAUCACUGCCUCGACUCCCCUCCCUCGAGUUUCUCUCAGUGUCUCAGAAUUCGCUCUGUCUCAUUGACAUGCCGUCCCAACCCCGCCUCAAGGUGGUCACAGCCAGCAGCAACAGCAUCGCCUCCUUCGAAUCCUUCCCCCUCCUGCCCGCUCUGGAGCACCUGCGUCUGGUCGACAACCCAAUAGAGGACGCCCCUGCUCCGCACUUGGCUGCCAUUCUGCUCGCCGCCUCCUCUCUUCUCUCCUUCAACUCCUCAGCUAUAAGUGAUGAUGAGCGUUUAGCAGUGGAAGAAGCGGGGGGAGGGCACGGGCCCAUGUGUGUGCGCAUGGGAUGGCUGCCUCCGUCCCCUUCCAUUAGCGACAUACCAGCCUCCCUGGUGACCUUUCUCGCCACCCACUGGGCAUCAACGCUUCCUGCCGGCUUCACCCUCUCGUCGCUGCUGCUCGACCGGCCCAUAGAGGACCGCCCCUGCCACUGCCGCCUGCUGCUGCAGCGCACUGGUGGUGGUGCACGGGCGAGGGAGGAUGGGGAGGAGGAUUGGGGCGAGGAUGGGGUGAAAGAUGGGGGGCAGGAUGGGGGGAAGGAUGGGGGGAAGGAUGGGGGGAAGGAUGGGGGGAAGGAUGGGGGACCAGAUAGGGAGGAGGUUGUGGGUGAGGAUGUGGGAGUUGAAGAGAGAGAGGAGGGAGUUGGGCCAAGGGAGAGGGGAAAGGAGAGGGAGGGAGGGGAGGAGGAAUCAUCAGUGUCAUCGGGUGUGGCGAUGCGGUAUGAGUGGCUGCGGCGGGGCAAAGGGGCUGCGGAGUUCAGCGCCAUUCCCGAUGCUGAGGGGGAGGUCUACACGCCCUCCUUCUCAGACGUGCAUGCGUGUCUCGCUGUGCGCUGCACCCCGCUGCUCCACGGCCAGCCCUGCACGCCCCUUAUCCUCACCACGCCGCUGGUCGUCCCUGCCCUGCACGCCCCUUAUCCUCACCACGCCGCCAGUGGCCCCUGGUCCCGGCAUCCCGCAAGUGCAGCACAUGUCGCUGGGAGGGGAGGUGGUGGAGCCUACGUGUGGGUGUGCACAUGUGUGUUUGAAUCUCUCAUGACUGACUGCCUCCCUUCAUUAUGCUCCCACAGAGGUCCCGGCAUACCACGAGUGCACCAUGUGUCGCUGGGCGGCGGUGGAGGGGGGCUUGGCGAGGAGACUGUGCCCGGGCAUACCACGAGUGCACCAUGUGUCGCUGGGAGGGGAGGCGGUGGAGGGGGGCGUGCUGACUGCCAUGGUGGAGGUGGGGUGGAGCUCGGGCGAGCCAGGGCCGUGCCAGUACAGGUGAGAAGGAGGGAAAGGGUUGCCCAUGCCAGUACAGGUGCGAGUGAUAGAGAGGAUACCCAGCCUUUGACUGCCAUGGCUUUUUCUCCUUCGUUGCACUUUCCCUACCCACCCACCCAACCUUACCCUGCGCUUGUUCUCGCCCCCUCCCCUGUCCCUCCCAAACCAACGCCUCCUCUUCCUCCUUCUCUACAACCCUCCUCCCAUCCCCACCCCCCACCUGUCAGCUGGACCCGCUUGGCACCCACAGCUCAGGGCGGGACAACAAGGGAGGAGGUGCAGAGGGGUGGGGAGGAGUACUCCCUCUCACUGCACGACGUGGGGUGUGUGCUGCAGCUCGCCUUCACCCCGGUGUCUGCUGCAGGGGUGAGGGGGGAACCCGCCUCCGCCACCUCUCCCCCCAUUGCUGCCGGUGAGAAUGGGUGCAGAGGGGUGGGGAGCGGUGGGUGUGUGCUGCAGCUCGCCUUCACCCCGGUGUCUGCUGCAGGGGUGAAAGGGGAACCCGCCUCUGCCACCUCUCCCCCCAUUGCUGCUGGUGAGAGUGGCUGCUUGGUGCAGCAGGUGGCGGUGGAGGGGGAAGCACUGCUGGGGGGAGCGCUGCGGGCGAGUCUAUGCUUAUUUAUGCCGGCUCAUCUCCUUCCCCUUCCCCCUCCCUCUCUUCCUUCUUUCUCCAGCGCCCCCCCAGCGCCCCCCCAGGUGCAGCAGGUGGCGGUGGAGGGGGAGGCGCUGCUGGGGGGGGUGCUGCGGGCGAGGGGAACUUAUUUUGGGGGAGCAGAGGGGGCGAGUUUGCUGCAGUGGUUCCGGGAGGAGGGGGGGAAGGCGGAGGGGGGGUUGGAGGAGGGGGAAGACGGAAGGAGUGCGGCCGGUGCUGGUAGCAACAGUGGUCGUUUGCGACUAGUGCCAGUGGGCGAGGGCAGAGAGUACGCAGUGCAGGCGGACGAUGUGGGCUGCUACCUGCUGCUGCGCUACACACCAGUCGCCUCCUCAGGUGGUUCCAUCCAGGUCAUUCGUCCCUCAUCCCACUGCAUCGGGUUUCUGCAUGCAUUUCUCGUCUCAACAACCCCUUGUCAGUUACCCCUUGUCACCUCAUCCCACUCCUCAUCACCGCAUCUCUGUACCACUGAGCAGGUCUGA